GGGCUACAGUUAUCUCCUCCACCGAUAAGUAAUCCCUCCUCUCUAACUCGACAAUCCCUCCUUAUAACCAGAGACGCCUUUAGGGAGAGAGAGAAAAGACGGUGCAGGCAAGAGAGGAGGAGAGAGAGAGAAACAAUCCAACGAAAUCAACCGUGAAAUUCUCUCUCAAGGGCUAAACCCUUUUCGCCGUUUAGCUUCCCUCUCUUCGUUUUUCUCCUUGUCAUCGUCGUUGUUCGCUCUUCGAUUUCUCGCUCUCUCUGCUUCAGAUCGCUAGGGAUUUCUUCUCCGCGGAUUCAUCUUGAAGUUUUUUUUUUCCCCGGAAAAUUUUCGAGAUUUCCUGAGUUAUUCAAUCAUGGUAUUCUGGGUUUUUGGAUACGGUUCACUUGUAUGGAACCCUGGAUUUGAAUAUGACGAGAAAGUGAUAGGUUUCAUCAAGGACUACAGGCGUGUUUUUGAUCUGGCAUGCAUUGAUCACAGAGGUACACCUGAACACCCUGCACGAACUUGCACGCUGGAGUACACAGAAGGAGCUAUUUGCUGGGGUGCUGCCUAUUGUGUUCGCGGUGGCCCUGAAAAGGAAAAGAAAACCAUGGAGUAUUUGGAGCGAAGAGAAUGUGAAUAUGAUUCAAAGACUCUUGUGAACUUUUACAAGGAAGAAGACUCGUUGGAGCCUACUUUGACCGGAGUUAUUGUUUUCACAUCCACUCCAGACAAAGAAUCAAACAAAUACUACUUGGGGCCUGCUCCAUUGGAGGAAAUGGCCAGUCAAAUUGCAACUGCCCAUGGGCCCUGUGGAAAUAACAGAGACUACCUUUUUCUUUUAGAAAAGGCCAUGUUUGAUAUUGGCCAUGAAGAGGACAUGGUGAUAGAGCUUGCAAACGAAGUGAGGAAGGUACUUGGAAAGGGAAAUGGAAUUUUGAUUGAGAAGAAGUUGGAGAAGAAGUUGGCGGCGCAGCCCCAUAUCCCACACAAAGACAACAUUCCCGGCCUUCAAUUGCAUCCUCUUCCAGAAGCCAUUGCCAUGGACUCAUGAUAAGAGAGAAAGCAAACAAUAUAGAUAGAGGAUAAGCGUGGAAGCCCGGCACAUUAUAGCGCGUUUCUAGUUCAACUCCUGUUGAUUUAUCGUAUAAGAGAACAUCUUCUUUUCCCUAAUUUUCCAUUAGCUCAUUACUCUCGGUUUUUGACGGUGCAACCCUCCAACCUUACAUGGAUUAGGUUUGAGUGCUGCAUGCACUUUUCUUAGAAGUGAAAUGAAUGACUAACAACAUUUGUUUUGUUCUUAUGUUAUUUUACCCA